AUGUCAACCCUAGUCAAAGCCCAAUGCCUCUGCGGCACCAACAAAUACCACCUCUCCUUCCCAACCUCCUCCCUCCCCAUCCCGACCUCCAUCUGCAACUGCAACACCUGUCGACACGCGACCGGACAAUCCUUUGCUAUGUACGUUGAUUUGGACGGUCCGCCUUUGUCCUUGUUCUCCACCGAAACCUCGUCUACGGGGGAGACCCAACCUGCAGUAGCUAAUCUGGAUGAGGAAGGGAAUCUAACGACGUACGCUUCCUCGGAGGGCGGGAAGAGGUAUUUCUGCAGCACAUGCGGUGCACAUAUGUUCUUUAGCGUUGAGGAUCCCAAGGACGGGAAGGUGAGAUGGGAAGCCUGCGCGGGGGUGUUGGAAAGGUUCGACGGGAUCGUCACGAUUGACAAACAUAUCUUCCUGGGUGACACACUUGACGGUGGUGCUUCGAAACACAUCACGCGUUAUGGAGGAAAUACUCUUCCACGGUACAAGGCUCUUCGAAGUCCAGGAGACGCUCUUCCACAUGACUGGAAUCACACUCCUCAGCCGUCAGACACCACCACCACGCCCUCAAACGACCUCCUCCACUUCCACUGCCUCUGCAAAUCAAUCUCUUUCCACAUCGAACGACCCACCAUAAUCACCAACCCUUCCGAAGAAUGGUGGUUCGUCCCAGGCAAAACACCCUCCGAUCCUAUCCGGUACAGCACAGAGUACUGUUUUUGUACCAGUUGCAGGCUGAGCAGCGGGUGUGUCGUUACGACGUGGUCGUAUGUUCCUUUUGAUUGUACUCUCGUCUCGUCCGAGUGUCCAUCCGAACACAACAAACUCGAAGUCAAGCAUAUCCACCAGCCGACCCAAAAACCCGACCACCAGCUCUAA